AUGUUCGGACCUCCCCAAGUCGACAAUUUUAUUGUAAAUGCUGAACAUCGCGGACUUAUCCCGCGAGCCUGUGACGCGCUCUUCACAAAGUUAUGCACCAUGACAGCUGAGAAAGGAGAGAACUUCAAAUACGAGGUGGUAUGCCGUUUCGUUGAGUUGUACAAUGAGGAAUUCUACGAUCUUCUCGGCGAUUCACAGCAGAGGAACGUCAAUUUCGCUUCAAGCGAUUCAAAUGUAUCGAGUUUAUUUAUACCCAGCCACUUUUGUCCUUUCAUUCAAUAA